GACCGUCACUAGUUAGCAGGUUCGGACCGGAAGUGUAGCCUGGUGGCUCGGAUCGCUGCCAAUGGGGUCCUGUAUAGUUGGAAUAGCCUAGCCCCGCUAGCCAGUUAGCUGAUUGGCUAAGCUACAGCCUAAAAGCUAUCCAGAGAAGUGGUUAGGUGUAGAAAGGCCGGAGCAUGGGGACGUUAGCUAUGUGCCAGAAGCUGCUGUCGCUUCGUUUAACUAUGUCAAUAUACGAGGCUAAUUGGCGCCCCGACGUUAGCUUGCAGCGGAUCGGGGGGGCUGAGCUCCUACACGCCGAGGGGAGGCUUCGGGACGCGGCUAAAAUGUCAGGCGAUCCCGGGGUCUGCAUGAGCCCCGUUGGAGCCGUGACGAGCCGGCGGCAGUGCAUUUUGUGAGAUUCAUCCUGCAUGGAUUCGUCGCCAUGAGUAACAAGGAGAUGGUUUCCACGGAGACAGAGAAUAAAGGACAGAGGAAGGUGUUUCUUCCCAACAAGCUCCUGGAGUGUCUCCCUUGCUCGUCCAGUCUGCCUAAUGAAAGGCUAAGGUGGAACACUAACGAGGAGAUCGCUUCCUACCUGAUAUCUUUUGAUAGACAUGACGAGUGGCUCUCCUGCACCCUGAAGACAAGGCCGAAGAACGGCAGCAUCAUUCUGUACAACCGGAAGAAGGUGAAGUACAGGAAGGAUGGGUACUGCUGGAAGAAAAGGAAGGAUGGGAAAACGACUAGAGAGGACCACAUGAAGCUGAAGGUCCAGGGCAUGGAGUGCCUGUAUGGCUGCUACGUCCAUUCCUCCAUUGUGCCAACAUUCCACAGACGAUGCUACUGGCUGCUGCAGAACCCAGACAUCGUGCUGGUCCACUACCUGAACGUGCCGUCCCUAGAGGAUUCUGCGAAAUGCAGUCCGCUACUGUGCACAGUGGCCGAUCGUCACGACAGCAUGAGGUGGAGUCAUGACGACCUGCUGAGCCAACUGAAACCCAUGUUUCACAGUAUCAAGUGUUCCGUGAGCUCAGGUGAUUUCAGCAUUGAGGAGAUGGUUCAGCAUAUUCUGGACAGACAGAGACCUAAACCACAGCCGCGCACGCAUGCCUGCCUCUGCAGCACUGCCCAGGUGUCUUCAGGAGUGAACAUUCCCCACCGCUGUAACAGCACCAAGCAUCGCAUCAUCUCCCCUAAACUGCCCCCCUCUUCCUGUAAACCCACCUCUUCCCCCCUGGCUUCUGAGGUGGGGGAGGCACCAACCAGAGCAGGGGGAGGAGAAUCCAAAGUGCCUCAUCUCCAGGCUCAGAGCAGUCCUGUGUCGUCUCCUGGCCCCUCAUCCGCUUUGGCAUCAUCUCCACCUCAGCCCCAUAGAGCCGCCAUUGCCGGGAACAACCAUGGCAACAGCUUCUAUGGCGACCACCACAACAACCUGACAACAGUGGCGCUUCCCCAGAAUGCAGUGAUUGUCAUGGCAACAGCCACAGCCAUUGGAGGAAGAGGAGGGCAGGGGGGGCCAGGUGGUGGGGCAACACCGGAGGAGGCGGGCCCAGGGAGGAGCUUGUCCCUCACUAGUUCUGGCCAGUUGCUGCUCUCCCCAGCCCUCCCACCACCUCCUGCCACCAAGCCAGCCUCCCCCUCCUCUCCCACAUCCUCCUCCCCUGCUCCGUCCAUUCUUCCUACCCCCGCUUUGCAAGCGCCUGGCAUGACCACCCUCUCCCUCACCCUUCUCCCUUCUCCUGUCAUCGGAGGCCUUCUCCUCACCCCCUCUUCCUCCAACACCACAUCCCUCCACUCCCCUUCUUCUCCCGCAGCUACGUCUCCUCCCUCAGUUGCCUUGUCCCCCUCACCACCCCCUCCUCCUCCAUCUCUCCCCCCUGUUUUUGACCCAGAUUCUUUCUUAAACUCCCCCAAACAGGGCCAGACUUAUGGAGGCCCUCCUUCCACUCCUUCCCCUGUCCUCUGCACCUCCUCCCCCCUGUCUCCACCCUCCCUCACUCUUUUACUCUCCCCCACCUCUACCCCUUCCUCUUCUGUUUCCCCUCCAUCCUCCCUGUCUUCCAUGUCCUCCUCUUCUGAAGUAGACAGAAGAGACUCAGCCCUCCCUCUCUCAUCUUCAAACUCUCCUCCAUCCACCCUCCCCCCCUCCCUCUCUCUGUCUCCCACUUCAACAUUGGCUCCUCCAUUACUCCCGCUCUGCCUGGAGCUGGGAGCACUAGGGGAGUCAGAGGAAGGGAGAGAAGAAGAGCUGAAGGUCGGAAGACCUGGUGGUGAUGAAGAUGAAGGUAGUGCUCCUCCUAUCAAGCUGGCUCUGCUGCAGACAAGCCACGCCUCCUCCAGCCCGUCACCACAGCUGAAGACAGGAAGUAGUUCUCCGUCUGUGCUUCUUGUUGGCCAGGACCUGGGGCCUACCCUGCCGACCAGUCAGAUGCCCCAGCAUGCUAACGGACAGCAGCCCUACACUCACCUCUCUAAAUGUGAGGCUGUCCACACCACUGCCUCCCACCUGGCAAAGCCCCCAAUUCAGGUGAAGGAGGAACGAAGGCGGGACUACGAUGCUGAAGAUACAUGCAUGGACACUCAACAAGAAGAGGGGGAGGAAGGGGAGGUGGCAGGGGAGGAGCUCGACAUCUCCUUUGACAGCCAGUUUCCUGACCUCAUCUCUGACCUCAUCACAGUGGAGGCAGAUCCUGUCACAGCUCAGUCUCCUUCCGUCCCCGCACAGAGUCCAGCCGUGUUCCCAGCAGGGGUCAGAUACAUGGUUCCCCCACAGCCCUCACCCUCCUCCUCCUUCCUCCCCUUCCCUCUCCCGCUGCCCUCCUCCAGCCGCCUCUCCUCCAUCACUGAUUUUUCACCAGAGUGGUCGUACCCUGAGGGCGGUGUGAAGGUUCUGAUAACGGGACCAUGGAGCGAGCCAACGGGCCGAUACUCGUGUGUGUUUGACCAGAGCAUUGUGCCAGCGUCGCUGAUCCAGCCCGGGGUGCUGCGCUGCUACUGUCCUGCCCACCAGGCCGGUCUGGUGCGUCUGCAGGUUCUGGAGUCCGGAGGGUCGGUCUCAUCCUCGGUUCUGUUCGAGUACCGAGCAAGGAACGCAAGCUCUCUGCCCAGCUCUCAGCUCGACUGGCUCUCACUGGAUGACAAUCAGUUCAGGAUGUCGAUCCUGGAGCGGCUGGAGCAGAUGGAGCGCAGGAUGGCAGAGAUGGCUGCCCGCGAAAGCCACCACCUGCAGCAGCAGCAGCAGCAGCAGCAGCAGCAGCAGCAGCAUCAGAGGCAGCAGCCCGGCCACCAGCUGGCCACCCCCCCUCCCCCGCCUCUACCUGAGGACCACCAGCAGUCGUCCCAGUGGUUUGAGAGGAGGAUUGUAGGAGUGUGUGAGCGGAUGAUGAGGGGAGGACGAUGGAGUGGAGGAGGAGAAGGGGGAGAGAGGCUCCAUCACUCAGUUCGUCACCGCGGGAUGACGCUGCUCCACCUGGCUGCUGCACAGGGAUACACACACCUGAUCCACACCCUGAUAUACUGGAGGCGUCUGAACGAGGACAGUUUAGAUCUGGAACAGGAAGUGGAUCCUCUCAAUGUUGACCACUUCUCCUGCACCCCACUGAUGUGGGCGUGCGCUCUGGGACACCAGCAGGCAGCAGAGCUCCUGUACGGCUGGAACAGUCUGGCACUGGGGAUCCCUGACUCACUGGGACGCCUGCCGCUGGCCGUCGCUCGCUCUAGAGGCCACACCCGCCUCGCCACUGUGCUGGAGGAGCUGCACACCCAGCGCGCUCCCAGGGACACGGCCACGCCACAGCCUCAGCCGCCACCGUCGCCUCUGUCCACCAGCCCAGACACAGGUCUGAGCUGCUCCAGCAGUCUGCCCUCACCCAGUGCUCCCUCCUCCCCCUCGCCAAGCUCUGCCUACUCCAGCGGCCCCGCCCCCAUGGACACAUCCCCCUCCUCUCCCUCAUCACCUUCCUCCCUGCCCAUCUCCCCUCCCCCCCUCUCCCCCUCCUCCCUCCCCCUGCCUUCUCUUCCUCCCAUAUCCAUGUGGGGGGAGGAACCACCCACAGCUUUCACCACAGGUUUGAACCCUGGUGGUUCCAAAGAUUCUCUUUACUUCAUGGACUUUGAGAGCUCUUCUCCUGGACACACAGACACUUACACAAACGCACACACGGCGGCUGGACGACGAUCACACAUGGCAGCAGCGCUGGAGCAGCAGCUGCUGAGCUACAGCGAGAACACAGAAAACGAAGGCGAGGAGGACGAAGAGUAUCUGGAGGAUGAGGUGCUGCAGGUGGACAUGGCAACUCUGGCAGAGCAGAUCAUUGAAGCAACUCCUGAGCGGAUCAAGCAGGACGACUUCCCCAGAGGGCCGGAGUCUCCACUCAGGGAGAGACGAGACAACCCGGCCAUACAGGACACCUGGCUAGCCACCUACCUCGAUACGGUCGACGCCCACCCCCACUCCCCGCCCAGGUCUCAGGCCUCGCCCCCACGGCGGGUGUGUCCUCCCUCGCCCCUCAGUGCUCUGGCCCUGCAGAGGCUCCGCCCCCCGUCGUCUGCAGCCUGGGCAGAGUUUCUGAAUGCGUCGGCCAACGGGAAGAUGGAGAGAGACUUUGCCCUUCUGACGCUGACGGAUGGCGAGCAGAGGGAGCUGUACGAGGCGGCCAGGAUCAUCCAGAACGCUUUCAGGAGAUACAAGGGCCGCAGGCUAAAGGAGCAGCAGGACAUGGCUGCAGCUGUCAUCCAGAGAUGCUACAGGAAGUACAAACAGCUAACAUGGAUAGCUCUGAAGUACGCGCUCUACAAGAAGAUGACCCAGGCGGCCAUCUUGAUCCAGUCCAAGUUCAGGUCCUACUAUGAACAGAAGCGCUUCCAGCAGAGCCGACGGGCAGCUGUGCUUAUCCAGCAGUACUACCGCAGCUACAAGGAGUACGAGAGGCUGAAGCAGGCGCCGAGGGGAGCGGCCAGCCACAACCCCAAGAUCAAGGGGUCGUACCUGACCAAGAAGCAGGACCAGGCAGCUCGGAAGAUCAUGAGGUUCCUAAGGCGCUGCAGACACAGGAUUAAGGAGCUGAAGCAGACCAGGGAGCUGGAGAGGAGAGGACUCACCACCUAACCCAUGUCUUCAUCCCUUCCUCCUGGAGGAGAUGCAGGUUCAGGUUUGCUGUGGUGUUCAAAGGGACAGAAACCAAAUGAUGGAGAGAAGCGGCGCUGAGCGAUGCCUUGCCCUAGGCCAACUCUUUGUUCCCUCAUCCGUCUGCUGCUCUGGUGUCGCACUUCUCUCCUCGUUGAAUGUAGCCGUCAGCAGCUUCCACAGCUCCACUGAAAAAGCCCUCCUUUCUACGACUCUGUGAGUUUCUCUCCCAUGACUAGAACCACAGAUGUGAGAAAGGUCCAGUCUAAUACUGACAAUCAGAACGGUCCAUUCAGACAGGCCCAGGCUUAUGGUAGAGCCUGUCAGCUAAUGGAACCUCACCAAGAACCAGGGUUUGGUCCACUGGACUAAUCCAGGCUUGGAUCCACCCAGUGCCAGGCUAUGAGCCGGGCUUUUAGAAGAACCCGACCUGCAUGGCUCAUGGUGAGGGACCCCACAGGGUUGACACCCAUUUUCUUCUUCCCACAAUGCACUGCUGUUUACUUGCAGAUGAUCAGGGAGCAGCAGGUCGUUGUGUUGGAGGUUGGGCUAGAUGGUUUGGAUGAAGCUCUUCAGUUGGAGACCGUCAUGUCCUUCAGUGUAUGUGACAAUGUAAAGCUACAUACAAUAUAGACACACAGUCACAUAUUUAUAUAUAUGUGUGUAUGUAUGUAUGUACACACACACACACACACACACACACACACACACACACACACACACACACACACACACACACACACACACACACACACACAUAUAUAUAUAUAUAUAUAUAUAUAUAUAUAUAUAUAUAUAUAUAUAUAUAUAUAUAUAUAUAUAUAUAUAUAUUCAUAUAUAUAUAUAUAUUCAUAUAUUCAUAUUCUAAAGUGGGAUUUUCUAGAUGCUCCUGAUGUUUUAUUUAUUACAGCAUGAACUGUUGUGAAUGUGUGACUGUCAGGUAGAGUCUUAAGGAGCCACAACCUGACCUCUGGCAACUGUGAGACUGGUGUAAAAAUGGAUCAAGAUGUGUUUCCUGAAGGUUCUGUGCUUCCACCAAAGUGUGGAUGUUUGAAGCUACUGAUGGUGGAUUAGUGUUGGUUUAAUGAGGACGUUUGACUGUCAGCAUAAGACCAGAACAUAAACUGGACCGCCCCCUGUUGACACUGCAGGUGAAUCCCAGUUAUUGAUGCAGCUACUUCUUGUGGCCUCUGUUGCUAUGGCGAUGUCAUGUCGGACUUGGUGAUGUCAGAGGUCUGACUGCGGUUCCCUUCAAACAGUGCUUAAAUGUGUCCGGCACCACUCAGGACUGGGUUCAGCCGUGCAUGAGCUUUUUUUCUUCCUGUUUCUGAUUUAAUCUGAAAUGAGAAAAUGUUGAAUUGUUGUUGCAGUGACACUUUGCAUGAGUUUGUAUUUAACUGUUCUGCAUUUCAGACCUUUAAAAAAUAGUUACCAAAACCCAGAUGAAUAAAGCAGCUGUUUGCUAUUUGA